AUGGUAUUGGAGAGACUUAAUCGUGCUCUUGCUACUCAUUCAUGGCUUGCUCUGAAUCCAGCAACUAGAGUUCAAUGCAUUCAAUCCAAUGUUUCUGAUCAUUACCCCAUUAUUAUUAAUCUUGAAGGGGUUGCAGAUAGACCUUGCAAACCCUUUAGGUUUGAACACAUGUGGUUGAAAGAAAGUGGAUGUGGUGAUACCAUGAAGGAAGCGUGGCUGUCUCCUUCCCCUGUUUCAAGCUCUCCGUUGAUGCAUGAAAAAAUAAAGCUUUGUGGUAUUAAGCUUAUAGAGUGGAGCAAGAGAUCCUUUGGCAGCGUGAGGAAGCAAUUGGAGGAAAAAUCAAAACUUCUGGAAAAGGCUGAAUUUGCAGCGGCAAGGGGGGCAGACUAUGAGCCAGUGAGAUUACUAAAAAUGGAGGUCAAUGAAUUGCUGGACAAAGAGAGCUUAAUGUGGCAGCAGAGGGCUAGAGCUUUGCAUCUUAAGUGCGGUGAUCAAAACACACAGUUUUUCCACAACAAAGCUUCUCAGAGAUUUCGACGCAAUAGGAUUGUGGGUUUAUUGGAUGAUUCUAACUCAUGGUGCAUAGAUACUACGCAGGUGGCUAACAUUAUAGUUGGGUUUUAUUCGAGGUUGUUCACAUCUGAGAGACCAUCCACUGCCCAAGGUAUUUUGGAAGUGAUACAACCAAUAGUCACUAAAGAGAUGAACACCAACCUAACUAGAGAUUUUACUAAACAAGAGGUUGAUCUUGCAUUGAAGGAGAUGGUCCCACUUAAGGCUCUGGGACCCAAUGACAAUAUCCUCAUGGCAUUUGAAACUUUACAUUACAUAAAAACUCAGCAAACUGGUUCCACAAGUUUUAUGGCUCUCAAACUCGACAUGAGUAAGGCGUAUGACCGAGUUGAAUGGUCUUUUCUGGAUUGCUUGUUGAGAAAGUUGGGUUUUCAUAACCGUUGGGUUGAUCUUAUGAUGGAGUGUAUUACUACUGUCUCUUACUCCAUUCUGAUUAAUGGGGAGCCUUCACAAACCAUCUAUCCUAGUAGAGGAUUGCGACAAGGGGAUCCUAUCUCUCCAUACCUAUUCCUCCUAGUUACAGAGGGUUUACAUGGCCUAAUUUCCAAAGCAGCCACUUCUAGUGAUAUUAGAGGUAUAUCUAUUUGCAGGAAUGGACCUCUCUUAACCCACUUAUUUUUUGCAGAUGAUAGCCUGCUUUUCUGUAGAGCUUCUAUACAGGAAUGCAAUCACAUACAAACCCUUCUUGCUACUUAUGAACAAGCUUUUGGGCAACAGCUGAAUCGGGAGAAAACAACAUUGUUCUUCAGUAAAAAUACGGGCAUUGAGGUCCAAGAAUCUAUCAAAGAUUUGCUGGGGGUUCCGGAGAUUAAGCAGUAUGAGAAAUACUUAGGCUUACCAUCUUUUGUGGGCAAGCGAAAGAAAGCAAGCUUGGCUUACAUUAAAGAUCGGAUUUGGUCUAAGCUCCAAGGGUGGAAAGAGAAGCUCCUCUCCCAAGCUGGUAGAGAAGUCCUUCUAAAGGCAGUGAUACAAGCAAUCCCAACCUACUCUAUGAGUUGUUUUAAACUCCCCAUUUCACUUUGCCAAGAGAUUGAGAUUAUGAUUCGACAAUUUUGGUGGGGACAGCGUGGUACUAGAAGACAUAUUCAUUGGGUAAAAUGGCGCACUUUGUGUAGGCCAAAAGCUUCUGGAGAUAGGAGCUGGAAUGUGGCAAAGAUUGACAGAGUGUUCUUACCUGAUGAGGCAGCAACCAUCAAGGCCAUCCCACUUAGUUUGUUUGCUCAGAAGGACCUCCCUUUUUGGCCAUUUUCCCGUGAUGGAAUGUUCUCUGUUAAGUCUAGUUACCACCGUUUAAUGGAGCUUGAGGAUGCAAAGCUGAAUGGUACGGCGCACACUGGGACUGCAUCUCCGGUUUGGAAGGCCAUUUGGCGCAUGACUGUGCCAAACCGUGUAAAAUCUCUCGUCUGGCGAGCUGGGAGAAAUGCCCUUCCUACACGGAUGAACUUGGUCUGUCGAAGAGUGCUUACUGAUGCGCUAUGCCCGGAAUGUAAGGUGCAGCUAGAGGACACGCAGCAUGCUCUUUGGUCCUGCCCGAUCCUACAGGAUGUGUGGAAAGUGAACUUUGGCAAGCUUGUGGCAGACACAGGCUCUACCUCCAGUUUUCUUGAAGUUCUGGAACGUGCAGCAGUAGACAAACCAUCACUGGAUUUGUUUGCUAUGACGACAGCUCGUGCAGUAAAAUGGAGGCCUCCUUCUGCGCCAUGUGUGAAGGCGAACUUUGACGGUGCUAUCUUCUCCCAAGAUGGACUAGCUGGCACCGGUGUGAUAAUUCAGAAUGAGCAAGGAUUGGUUAUGGCUGCUUUAUCACAACAAAUUCCAUCACCUACUUCGGUGGAGAUGGUGGGGGUGUUAGCGGCUCGUCAGGCUCUGGUUUUUGCUAAGGAACUUGGGUUUGACAGGAUGAUCUUGGAGAGUGACUCUGAGACGGUUAUUAAGGCUAUUCUUGGUGACUAUAUGGACUGCUCUUAUAUGGGUCAUGUACUGCAAGAUAUUAAGUUGUUGUUUUCUAGUUUUUCUUUUAUUUCAGUCAAGCAUAUUCAUAGGGAAGGGAAUUGUGUUGCCCACAAACUUGCUAGACGGGCUAUUAGAGAUCCUUUUCUUCUCUGGAUGGAGUCUGUUCCUCCAGAUAUUCUUGAUGUUUAUCAACUUGAUCUUUUAAGGAUGCAUUAA